GAGAUUCAAACAAACCGCAUUGGGCUUGGGACAACCAACGAUGGGGUUGAUCGUGGAGGUCGAGAACGUCGACGACGCCGUUUUGGUUCCGCCCCCUAACUUCGCCAUGGUCGAGGACUGCAUUUUCCGAUCCAGCUUUCCUACCUCCUCCAAUUUCCUCUUUUUCCAAACCCUAAACCUUCGUUUCAUCGUAUACCUGUGCCCCGAGCCUUAUCCUGAGGAAAAUCUAGAGUAGUUCCUUCAGUCACAGAAUAUUCGUCUCUUUCAAUUUGCAAUUGAAGGGAAAACGGUAAUUUUUCUUUUCUCCUGUAUUGCUACUAUAAUUAUUAUUCUUCUUGUUCAUAUAUCACGAGUGAAAGGUUUCGAGUACAAUGCUUCGAGUAAAACUAUUUUUCCUCCAAUUGAAAAAUUUACUUUGACAAAUUAUGAACCCUAA